AUGCCAUGGUUACCCGAUGAUAAUCUUCUGUACCAUAGAAUUCAAAGAACCUGUGGGCUGAGGCGAUCCAUUUUUCUGGAUCUUUUCCGAGAAUCUGUCCUUCGCAUAACAACCGGAAGCCGAUCCCUUGAUGAACUCUUAGGAGGUGGCAUAGAAACAUCGUGUAUCACAGAAGCAUUUGGAGAAUUUAGGUCUGGCAAUACACAGCUGGCACAUACACUCUGCGUGUCUGCACAGCUUCCUACAAACAUGCGAGGAGGCAAUGGGAAAGUUGCUUACAUUGAUACUGAAGGAACUUUCCGACCUGAUCGAAUCAUACCAAUAGCAGAAAGAUUUGGCAUGGACCCAGGAGCUGUUCUUGACAAUAUUGUUUAUGCUCGUGCGUACACAUAUGAGCAUCAGUACAACCUGCUUCUGGGUUUAGCUGCAAAAAUGUCUGAAGAACCAUUCAGGCUUCUGAUUGUGGACUCUGUCAUUGCUCUAUUUCGAGUAGAUUUCACUGGGAGAGGAGAACUUGCCGAGCGCCAGCAAAAAUUGCCUCAGAUGCUUUCCCGACUGACAAAAAUAGCCGAAGAAUUCAAUUUUGCGGUCUACAUGACCAACCAAGUUAUUGCCGAUCCAGGAGGUGGAGUGUUUAUAUCAAAUCCAAAGAAACCAGCCGGAGGGCAAGUUCUUGCUCAUGCGGCCAAAAUAAGGUUGAUGCUCAGGAAAGGAAAAGGUGAACAGCGGGUUUGCAAGGUGUUCGAUGCCCCGAAUUUGCCCAAAGCUGAAGCAGUCUUUCAGAUAACACCAGGGGGCAUUGCAGACGCAAAGGACUGAGUCCGAGUUGAGCCCUCGAUUGGCAGCAAAAUGGUACGCAAAGUUUUUUUAAUUGACCUAAGUUCUUUUAUAUGCACGAACAUGAUACAAUAUC